AAGCCAUGCGCGGUCGAUCGUGCGACCGCGAAAGAAAGCGUACGGUCCUGGCCGCGAUCGCAUCGAGAAAACGUGACGUUUACAAAGUAACGUUUAGGCGCCCCUCGUAACUCUAUUCUCGUCAAAGAUAACAACGCAACGACGAGACGCCAGUGUUGUUCGGUGUGCUUCGCGUAGGCGAGCGCGACGACAUUAUCCUCCUUUUCUCUCCCUCUCUGUCUCUGUCUUUACCCAUCAUUCUUAUCUCUUUUCUCUUUCUCUCUCUCUCUCUUUCUCUCUCCCUUUCUCUCUCUCUCUCUCUCUCUCUCUCUCCUUCCCUCUUCCUCUUAUACGUUCUCUUUGUGUCUUCCUUCUUCUCUUCUUUUAUUUACAAAAUUCGUAAAGCCAAAACAGGUAUGCCGUUCAUAUCAAAAGAUUGGCGUAGCCCUGGAGAAGAAUGGGUUAAGACGGUCGAAGGUUGGGAAAAGAAAAAGAUACUCGAAUGUGCGAAUAAUAAGACGUUAUCACUUCUCCUUCGAGGUGAAAAAGAUGCAAAUGACAAGAAGGAGAAGGAUAGAAAGAAAGAAAACGCCGUCCAACCGCAUUGCCACAUCACGUUGAAGUGCACACGUGAGAUCGCUGGUUUUAAUGGAUUAAGUGACGCCCUGAAGAGACUAGAUUUUUUAUCAGCAGUACAUGACUGUCGUCGAUUUAAUUACAUCGUAAGACUUUUGGAUCUUCUAGUUAGUCACAGAAUGGGUGGUUUGAGUGGUUGUGCACAACGAGUUCUUUUCAAUAUGUUAGAGGAAGUAGCGUUGGAAGUAUCCUUAUCGCAACAACAAACUGGAAGAUUACGACGAUUGAUCGAAAGAGUUAGAGCCUUCAGUGCUGGAUGUUGUUGGGGUGGAAGACCUCUAGGCUCUGUAAUCUUAUGGGAAAAACAUAAAGCAGCUUUGGAAAGAAUCUUACAAAUUGCCUCAUCUAUCACUAUAACUCAGCCGGAUGAGGAACAACAACCACAAUGGUCAGAUUUACCUCCAGAAUGUCGUAGAGAAGUUCUUCUUCGAUUAAGCGAUCCGCAAGACAUUGAAGCAUCAUCGGAAGCAUGCGAACAUCUUGCAGUUUUAGCUCAAGAACAAAGAAUAUGGCGAGAACUUGCUCAGUAUCAUUUCACUCCACAACAAAUAGCUACUACCAGGCAAAACAAUCCAGGGAAAGAUUGGAAAACUAUAUUUACUAUUGCUAGAAGGUCAUUCGGUUUGCGAGAAGAAUAUGCAGAGAUGAUACAAUUGUGCCGCAAUUGUCGUUGUUUAUUUUGGAGAUCACUGGGCCAUCCCUGUAUCGCAGAUCAGGAUCCAGCAUUUCAAGAGAAGUUAGCUGAUGUAGAUCAAGCUUCUCUUCAUGUUCCAAUCCCUCCUCAAACUUUCCUAAAGUUUUUUUCACUGUGAAGGCCUUUUGUUAAGUGUCUUGUAAACAGAAUAAUUAGAUAUACAGCUGCAUAUGUGCGCAUAUGUAUAGUAUGUCUGUGAAUAAGUUAAAAAAAAACGUGAAUGAGAAAAACAGAAAAGAAAGAAAAUAUAGAUCAUAGGGAAAAGGAAAGAUAUGUAACAGAUGUGAUCGAAAAACGAAUACUUCGAAAUUAUAUGUAAAUGAUAUAUCUAGCAAAAAAAAAAAGAUAUUUAAAAAUUCUAUUAUACAUAGAGAUCUUAUCAUCAAUAAGUUAUAUUCAGUAUAUUAUGAUUGCAUAUCUGAGAAGUUUUUAGUCUAAAGUGAAACUUCAGACGUGCGAAAUUCUUAGAAUGCUUCCUUCCCUUAAAAAGUUAUAAUGGCAACUACUUCCCAAAUUGCAAAGUAUAUUUCUGUAAUUUUUAAAAUUAUAAUAGUUAUAUUGACUAUGAUAAUAAUGGAUGAUAAGUGCUAGUCGUAUUAAAAUGUUGAUUGUUAGAUAUAUUGUAUGUGUGUUUCAAAAAACACAUAAAAGAUAUCCAACUGUAAAGAUAGGCUUUCAAGAUUUUUAUCUUCCUUAAGAAAAUCUAUCUAUGACUGUCUGUUCUUAGAUACUGCAUCAUUUUUAUGUAGUAAAUUUAUAUAAUUUAUCAUUUAUGAAAUCAUAUUGUUUUUAUUCAAAAGAUAUCUAUUAUAUUAACUAAAAUAAUCCUGCCAAGUAAAUCGUAAUGAAUUUGUUUGAAAAAAGGAUUGGUUGCAAUUUGAUUUUUUUUUUUAUUAUACGCGCGCGCGUGUGUGUCCAUGUGUGUGUGUUAUGUAUGUAUGUAUGUAUGUAUGUAUGUAUGUAUGUGCGUGUAUAUUGUUUGUAUUGUAUUGUAUUAAUAGAAUGUCGAAGUUCAUUUUUUGUGAUUUAUAUUAGUUGGUACAAUUUUAUAAAGUUAUUGCAUAGCAAACAUAAUCGAAUUUUAAAAGCGUACCAAGCUACAUUUUUAUAAAUAUUUUAAAAAUAUUUAAUAUGUUGUAUAAUAUAAGUCUAAUAUUUCGUAUAAAAAACAAAAUUGGCAUAUUUGCAAAAAUAACUUUAGUACUAUUGAAAGCUUUUUUUUGUUACAUUUAAUUGAUAUUUGAAAUAUGAUUGUUUUUAUCUCAUAAUCAAAAUUUAUAAUGCUAAUUAUAUUUUAACAUCCGCAAGUGUAUAUUAAAAUUUUAUGCAUUUUUUUUUUAUACACUAUAUAUGAUAAUAGUAAAGAUAUAACACAGAGACGUGCAAAAUUUAUGUCAAAGAAAAAAUCAUUCAUUACUGUUAUUCGAUUAUUCCUAUUCAAGUAUGCUCACUUGAUACAAAUCUUUCCUUUAAGAAUGAUAUAUUAUCAUGAUAUGAUAAUUUAAUAACAGUGAUAUAUACUGAAGAAUAUGGAAAUGACUAUUGUGACAAUUUGUUAAAGAAAUACUAAAGAAAAAGUUGGGAUAAAGGACAAUUGACUAUAUGAAAAUUUUGUACGUCUCUGAUAUAACAUAUCUUGAUUCUCAUAAAUAUUUGUUAGUUUUCUAUUUAUAUAAAAUACGUACUAACAAAUAAUUUAGUAAACUUCGAUUUUACAAUAAGCUAUGUUAGAGUUACAUUUUAUUGGAGAGACAAUUUGUAAACUGUCUUCAUAUGUGCAUAUAUGCAUAUAUGUUUUGUUAUAUGCAUAAAUAUUAAAUUAUGACAUAAAACACAAUCAUACACUAAGAAAAUAAAACAAAUCAUGAAGUAUCUUUCUUUUUUUUUUUUUUUUUUUUUUUUAAGUAUAAAAUA